UCGAGAAGGCUACGGCUGUGACUGUACCGUUAGCUAACCUGUUGGUGCUCCCUACGCUAUCUUUCGCUCUCCACAGAAAGUUGUUAUGAAGUUAGUAACGAAUCGAUGCACGUGCCUGAGUGCGUAAGUAGCGCUAACUCUGUUUGCUAGAAUGUACUACAGAUGGACAAAAUGUCGGCAGUAGCACUAGUCAUGAAUUACCGCGUUAUGCGGCUGCCUUGCCGGUGGGCCGAGGCAUUCUCUGCACGAGCAAUGACAGAUAUGCGGACAUCGGCACUGUACAUUCGCGGCAAGGAAGCGCGAAACAGGCGAGCGCUUCUGCUACCGUACAUUGAAAUUGACAAAAUAAUUAACGAUCUCCCGGCGCUGCAGAAAACUCUGCAGUUGAGGAACAUCGACUUAGACGUAUCCACCUUGAGCACGAAACUGCCCUCAUACAGAAUUGUAAAGAAUGAAUUGAAAAGGGUGCAGGUGGAGAUCUUACAACUGACGCGAGCAUUGGCAGACAGCUGGAAAACAAGCACAGGCGAGCAGAGAAGUGAAUCGGAGCUUAAAGCACAGCUUCAGACCCACUACGUGACCGAGCGGGAAGUGAAGCAGUCUUUGUAUGCGAAAGAGGAAGAAAUCAUCCCCUUACUGCUGCGACUUCCCAACUUCGUCCAAGAGCCGAGCGAAGCAAUCAAGUCGCAGUGCGCCGAAUACUGCAGUCGGCCGUGUCCGCUUCACCCAACAUCGCAUGUGGACGUCGGCGGCGCAGACAUAAUCCUUCGGCACGAGCCUCGGCUGUGCUACCUCAAGGGCAAGCCGGCAUUGCUUCAUCUGCAGCUAUGCAGGUUUUUCAGUGAACGCUUACUGGCACUGGGCAGUACACCAAUGAGCGGACCGGACUGGGUUGUGGACACCGUGUUCGAGGGUUGUGGCGUCGACCCAAACAACCUCGACCACACCAUGGUCAUAGAGAACAAGGAACACAGUGGUGGCCACCACAUGCACCUGGUUGGAUCUUCCGCAUUGGAGUCGUUUGCGGGCUACCUGACCCGGCGCCAACCCAAGGACGUGCCUGUGAGUUUCCACACAGUCGGCCGCCGGUACAUAGCCAAGUGCGACGCACGCCUGCCUGGUCUCUUCUCGCUCACCCAAUCUACAAUGGUGACUGCGUUUUUGGCUUCCCGUCGUCACGACUUAAUGCCCGCAUUUGAAAAGUUGCUGCUGGCUGUCAAGCAGUGGUACCAAGAGCUGGAACUGCCCUUUCGCCUUGUUCUUGCAGAUCCGCCAGAGCUUAGCUUCAUAGAAAGCCUGCGCGUGUCUAUUGAGGUUUGGUCAUCUGCACAAAACAGGUAUGUUCCGAGUGGCUUCCUGAGCUUACACGACGAUUUUGUGAGCAGACGGCUGAUUAUGGUUUCUGGGACCAAGGCAUCUGAUGCAGAAUUUUUGCAGACUGCUUAUGCUUGCAUUACCAAUGUGCAUGCUUUGGUGGCAUGCAUUAUGGAAAACAGACAGAUGGGGGAACGAGAGUUCAGCUUCCCUGCAGCCCUCAGCUAAGCUUGUGAAAGCUCCUCUCGUGGCUGAAUUGGCGAGGUGGAACAUAUCUGUGUGGCCACAAUAAAGUAAAGGUUCUACAAACUUG